UGUUGUGGGAGGUGUACCGGGCUGCGGGUACAGACCGGGCUCAGUCUGCCGGGGGAGUCCGCUCAGAGAGCAUCAUGUCCGAGUACAGCCGGGAGGUGCAGCUCGCCACCAGCUUGCUGUGCAGCAGCUCCGGGUCCAUGGAGCUGCUGCAGCUGCACCGGAAGCUGCUGCAGCGCGUCGACAUCACCGUGCAGGAGUUCCGCUUCAUCGUCCAGAAGUGUCCCCGCUUCCUCCUGGUCGGCGGCCCCGCGGCGGGCCUCACCGUGGUGGCCCAGACGUCCCUGCGGCUGUGCGGUCGAUACGGUCGGGAGGAGAGCGGAGGCUGCAGCCAGGAGGACUGUCCACACCUCCACCUGUGCAAGUUCUUCAUCUACGGAAACUGCAGGUUCGGCAAGGGCAGGAAGCCGUGUAAAUUCUCCCACGACAUUCGUUCGGGUCGCAACUUUGACUUACUGAGAGAGUGCACGCUGCAUGACCUCAACGAGGAGCAGCUGUUCCUGCUACUGCUGCAGAACGACCCCGCCCUGCUGCCAGAGGUGUGUCUGCACUACAACAAAGGCUGCGGUCCUCACGGCAACUGCACCUUCAGGGAGAGCUGCACCAAGGUGCACCUGUGUCAGCACUUCGUCCAGGGCGACUGCAUGUUCGGAAGCAAGUGUAAACGCCAGCACGCCAUCGACCAGGAAAGCCGCCGCAUGCUGGAGGAGAGGGGACUGAGCGCUGAUGUCAUCCACGAGCUGCCUUUCAUCUACAGGAACAUCCACCACCUCACUGCCGCCGUUGCCACAGAGAUGUCUCCUGAUUUGUCGUAUCACGCUGUAGAUCAGACGGAUGAGCGGACAGAGAUCUGUCUGCACUUCACCAGAAACAGCUGCAGGUUUCAGAACGAGUGUCGCCGUGUUCACUUCCACCUGCCCUAUAAGUGGGAGGUGUUUGAUGGCUUCACCUGGAUGGACCUGCCACACAUGGAGGACAUUGAGCAGGACUUCUGUGACCCGUCUAAGAUGCACAGCUGUGGCAUCAACUUUGUGACGAUGACUCAGGAGUCGCAGCCCGUUCGCCGCCUCUCCACAGUUUCCUCGGUAACAAAGCCGCCUCACUAUGUCCUGACAACCGAGUGGCUGUGGUACUACAAGGGAGACCACGGGGACUGGGUGGAGUACGGACAGCCGGACGAGAAGCAGCGCACCACGUCAGUGACAUCACGGACUCUGGAGGAGGCGUUCCUGUGUGACAGAACCGCCGAGGUCAAAGUGGUGAAGGGCCGCAGAGAGUACGUCGUCAGCUUCACAGACAUGUACCAGAGGAACCACAAGCACAACACCAAGAGGAGGAUCUGCCGGCGGCCUCGCUUUGUCUCAGUGGCCCAGGUCCAGAACCAGAAGACAACCCUAAACCUAGUCCUAGGUCUGUCUGGUCAGACUGGACCUGGUAGCCCUGACAGACAUGAUGGACCUGAUACAGUGCCUUAUCUCAGUUGAACACACCUGGACUCAGACUGUCUCUGACGUCACCUCCUUACUGGAAAUAUCUUCCUGACUUGACCUGACAGACCUGAUGGACCUGACGGACCUGAUGGACCUGACGGACCUGACGGUCCUGAUGGACCUGAUGGACCUGAUGGUCCUGAUGGACCUGAUGGACCUUACACACCUGAUGGUCCUGAUGGACCUGAUAGACCUGAUGGACCUUACACACCUGAUGGACCUGAUGGACCUGACAGAUCCAAACUCAGUGAUUCAAACUGGUACUCUGUUACUAAAUACUAUCUUACAUAAUACUAUGUUACAGGUCAGAGUCUGAACUGAAAAUGUUGCUGCAGUAAAUAUGAGUCAAUAAAAUCAGGAAAUUGUAACUCAA